UUGAGAUCCAUAUGCAAGAAAAACGAAGUAGUGAUGAUCAAAGAGACGGCAGCAAUUCAAAAACUAACAGUAGCGAAAUGGCAACCCGACAAAAUACCAUUAAAAAAUUCAGAUAGCAACCAAGAUGUGGCUGCUGUUUAUCGGCUAGCAACAAAUAUUCAGAAGGAAUACUAUCCAUCAGAGACUCAGAUUUAUGGAUAUAAUAACGAAUACCAAAACAAGGAAUAUUCAAAGUAUUAUCUACAAGACGAAGUAUUCUUUUCGGAUCCGAAGUACAUGCAGCCAAUCUAUUAUCCAGACUCGUCCACAGAAAUUAAAAGUACAAAAGAUUUGAGAAAAAAGGCUAAACAAAGGGUAUGCUCCAACUGUCAAACAACGUCUACGCCUUCUUGGAGAAGAAGUGGAAAUGGAAAGACGCUCCUGUGCAAUGCAUGUGGACUCUACCAGAAGCUUCAUAAUAGGCCCAGGCCAUUUAGUGUAAAUUCAGAAGGCAGAACAAAAGCUCUAAAGGGUGCAACAGAAAAAACGUUGUGCGUUUCAUGCAACAAUGUUUUUCCAGCCACCGGGAUAAAGAAUUCUCCAAGCGGUGCACUGUGUCAGGAGUGUAACGUGUAUUAUAAAAAUGGUGCUUUGGAAGGAUGUGAAACGUCUGUACAAAAUUUUUAUAAAUACCCGCCCGUAUAUGGAUCUCAUCAUCCACCAUACAUGGAUAAUUACUAUGACUAUAUGAACCAAUACAGUUAUUCUGUUGAUCCGUACAGUGCUGAGAUAUAUGCCAAUCAGUACUACUACCCUCCUAUAGGCUAUGAACUAGAGCAGCAAUAUCCUAAGUAUUAUUCAGGCUACCUACAUGGCAUGUAUGGCAAUGAAGCCUUUAGAGAUCCAACCGAGAGGGCUUUCAAGUCUAUCCAAAAAUCUAAUGCGCCAUACAAGACAGCAGCUAAGAAGUCAAAUGGUGAAAUAAAGCCUCCAGAAACUACUAACAAUGAAUAA